AAUUAGAGCUCAAGGUUCGAGGCCAGUUGUAAAGUCUCCCCGGCUGUUGGGAGGACCUGAGCGAGCUGCUGGACCUGGGUGGAAGCUCGACACGCACCGAAACAACAAGCACCCGGAACAAAAAAGGCAGACGAGAGACAGCUGCUGCACACUGCUGUCCAUUUCCAUGAUCCAACUCACACGACUAGAAAGGACACAAGCGCUCGAUCAGCCAGGUUUUAUCACUGUGGAGAUUCUUGCAGCACUCGAAUCGUCGCCAACGAAGCAGCUAUGCAGCUUGAAAUCCAAGUAGCACUCAACUUUAUUAUCUCGUAUUUGUACAACAAACUCCCUCGGCGGCGUGUCAAUAUUUUUGGGGAAGAGCUGGAGCGGCAGCUGAAGAAGAAGUAUGAAGGCCACUGGUAUCCGGACAAGCCAUACAAAGGCUCAGGGUUCAGGUGCAUUCACGUAGGGGAGAAAGUGGAUCUGGUGGUGGAGCAGGCGGCCAAAGAAAGCGGCCUUGACAUUGAGGAUGUCAAGAACAACCUCCCUCAGGACCUCAGCGUGUGGAUCGACCCUUUUGAGGUUUCCUAUCAGAUCGGCGAGAAGGGAGCGGUCAAGGUGCUAUACGUGGAUGAUAACAAUGAGAAUGGAUCCGAUCUGGACAAGGAGAUCAAGAACAGCUUUAAUCCAGAAGCCCAAGUCUUCAUGCCCAUCAGCGAUCCUGUUGGGGGCUCCUCCGAGUCCAGCUCCCCCUCCCCUCCGUUUGGGCAGUCUGCUGCAGUUAGCCCCUCCUUCAUGCCUCGCUCCGCCCAGCCUUUAACUUUUACCACUGCCACCUUUGCCGCAACCAAAUUCGGCUCCACUAAGAUGAAGACCAGUGGCCGGAGCAACAAUGCUAACGGUGCGAGUAGCAGCAAGGUGGCCCGCACGUCCCCGACCAACAACCUGGGUCUGAAUGUCAACACCUUACUGAAGCAGAAAGCCAUCUCCACUUCCAUGCACUCACUGUACGGGCUGGGCCUGGGUCAGCAGCAGAAGGCGUCGGCCCUCUCCCCCAAUGCCAAGGAGUUUGUUUUCCCCAGCCUGCAGGGCCAGGCUAGCCCAGGAGCCACCUUCCCCGCCGACAACUCCCUGGGACUCAGCUCUCUGCCGUACAGCAAUGCCUUCGACAUGUUCGCAGCAUACGGAAGCCUCAACGAUAAGUCCCUCAUGGAUGGCCUCAACUUCAGCCUGAGCAACAUGCAGUAUUCAAACCAGCAAUUCCAGCCAGUGAUGGCAAACUAAACUCACCAUGGAGACGCUAUUUAUGAAUGAUGGUGGCUCAAAGAGAAGGGAAAAACAAACCACUCACAUUCAACAGCGGGACAUCGACAGAUCCACGGUAACUGACUGGUCAAGCUUCCGACAGCUUAGCUGUAGAGCUCGCGGUGUGUCUACCUUCACAGCGGACCGGGGGACUAAGCGUCGUCACACAUGAUGUCUGGUCAGUUGAACGCAUGUGCCCCAGGGUGCUCUGGCCGUUUGAAAGCUUUUUGUACAAACACGUCCCAGCUCGGUUACAUCAAAAUAACAUGCGUUAUUGUUUUUCUUUUUCCUUUUUGCCAACCAAGCACAAUUUUUUUACUACGUUGGAAAAUUCUCAAAAAAAAAUGGGGAAAAAAAAGUGAAGACGAAUGUCUUCGAGUUUUGGCCUCCUACAGUAUUUUACAGGCGGUAAGACGAGGCUGGUUUUUAUGAAUUGGCACUACUACUAAGAGGGGUUACUUUUCUAAUCGUAUAAUUUAAUUUAGUACAGAGUUUGUAAUAUAUCAGAGUAUAUAUUGUUUAAAUGACAUGGUGUUGCAUUUCUAUCUUUUUACUACUCCAGUGAUCUGUGAUGGCUGCAGCAGCUUUUCCUCGUUUUGUUAUUUUUUUAAAGAAACAUGUUGAAGAAUUCAUCUUUAAAAGAGAAAUAAUAUUCUAAAGAUUGUGUACAGAAUAUUCCUUUAGUGGUGGAACUCAAAGUGUAGGAAUAUUUUCUUUAUUUGCUGAGAGAUGAAUUGUAUUUUCUGUUAAGAUUUUGCUAUACUACGGACAAAAUGUAAUCGUAUGAAUAUUAAUUUUGUACCUACAUUGUGCAAUACUUGAUAAGGUAUAACAAAAUAUUUUGGGUCAGUGUCUUACAUGUCAAGAGGGACUGAAAUAGUUUAUAUUGUUAAGUUUGUAUUAAAUGCUUACAAAUGAUAUGCUUGUCUUUAUUUUUUUUAAUUUCAUAUUUGCACCCUGCUCUUUUUAAUAAAAAUAAACUACAGUUGAACAUGA